GAAAUUUCCGUGUAGAUGUUUAGUCUCAAUAAAAUUAAAUUUCCAGCCGAACUGUAUACAUCGGAGAAAAAAGGAGACGAUGAAGCAGGAGAUGGCACACGAGAGAAACCAUUUAAAACUAUCCUUCAGGCGAUGCGACAUGCUGGGAAAGAGCCCUUCCCAGCUAUUUACGUCGAUAGUAAAGAUGAGAAUACCGAAUACGAUAUUGCCGCUAAAUCCCAACUGAAAAAGAUACAAAAGAUUUGGGUAAGAGAAAACUAUAAAGCCGCUGAUAAGGCGAAAGCUGAAGAGGAAAGUCACGAAAAGAGACUACAAAAUUUGGAAGAGGCGAAAAAAAUCGUAAUUACAAAAGAUGAAUCGCUUCCAGAGCCAAAAACAGUAAAAGUUGUUGAAGCUGGUGAGCAUCGUGGUGAACGUCUAUGCAUCAGAGGCUGGGUGCACCGAUUGAGGAGACAGGGUCGUUCACUAGCCUUCAUCUCUCUGCGAGACGGCACUGGUUUCCUGCAAUGUGUACUGCAAGGUGUACUCUGUCAAACUUAUAACGCAUUAGUAUUGUCUACUGAGUCAUCUGUCAUUGUUUACGGAAAACUAAGACCGGUGCUCGAAGGAAAGACUGCUCCCGGUGGACACGAGCUGGUUGUUGACUACUGGGAGCUUAUCGGGCUUGCUCCACCCGGAGGUGCUGACUCCAUACUUAACGAGGAAGCGCUACCCGAUGUACAGCUUGACAACAGGCACAUAAUGAUCCGCGGCGAGAACACGUCUAAAGUGUUGCGAGCGCGUGCGCUGGUGACGCGCGCGUUCCGCGAGCACUUCGCGGCGCGCCGCCACACGGAGGUGACGCCGCCCACGCUGGUGCAGACGCAGUGCGAGGGGGGCAGCACUCUCUUCAAAUUCAGCUAUUUCGGGGAGGAGGCAUUCCUAACGCAGAGUUCCCAGUUGUACCUGGAGUCGUGUGUGGCGGCGCUCGGCGACGUGUACUGCAUCUCGCAGUCCUACCGCGCGGAGCAGUCCCGCACCAGGAGGCAUCUAGCUGAAUACAGUCACGUGGAAGCUGAAUGCCCUUUUAUAAGUUUUGAUGACCUGCUGGACAGGCUGGAAGAUCUGGUGGUGGAUGUGGUAGACAGAGUGCUGGCUUCGCCUGAAGCACACCUCGUUUAUGAACUUAACCCUAACUUCAAGCGACCCCAAAAACCAUUUAAAAGGAUGAUGUACACGGAGGCGAUUGACUAUCUCCGCGAACAUAACAUUACUAAGGAGGAUGGCUCUUUCUACGAAUUUGGAGACGACAUUCCCGAGAUGCCGGAACGUAAAAUGACCGAUGCUAUCGGAGUCCCCAUACUGCUGUGCAAGUUCCCCGCAGCCAUCAAGUCCUUCUACAUGGCCAAGAGCCCCGAGGACCGCCGCCUCACCGACUCCGUGGACCUCCUCAUGCCAGGAGUUGGGGAAAUCGUCGGAGGAUCCCUCAGGAUCUGGGAUUAUGAUGAACUUAUGGAAGUUUACAAACGCGAGGGCAUUGACCCCAGCCCUUACUACUGGUACACGGACCAGAGGAAAUUCGGUUCCGUACCACACGGCGGGUACGGACUCGGCCUGGAGCGCUUCCUCUGCUGGUUGCUGGACCGGUACCACAUCAGGGAGGUCUGCCUCUACCCGCGCUUCCUAGAGAGAUGUACGCCUUAACCGGUGUAACCUGACCCGCGACGCAUUUCACACGCAUUUGUUGUUUUUACUAAUAAAAGUUAUCAAGCGUUUUUAAAGCUUAUGUAAGCUUAAUAAAGUUUAUUUCAUGACUUGA